AUGUCGGACAUUGACGACGAGCUCUUCGCCCUCGCUGGCGGCGACGAAGAGGCCGACAUUGAGGAAGGCGAGGCCUCCUCGCCCGCAGCCUCGGACCACAGCGAGCUGGGCUCCGAUGCCAUGGAGGAGUCGGACUCGGACCGCGACGACGACGCGCCCGCGCCGUCGUCGGACGUGCCCUACCCGCUCGAGGGCAAGUACGUCGACGAGGCCGACAAGCGGCGCAUCAUGGCCAUGUCGCAGCUGGACCGCGAGGAGAUUCUGGGCCAGCGCGCCGAGGACAUGAGCAAGGCCAACUUCACCGCCGAGCUGGCCCGCCGCGCCGCCAAUAUGCAAAACGAGCGCAAGCGCAAGCUCGACGCCGACGAGCCCGACGAGACCCGGCGGCCCAAGGUCAAGGCCCGCGUCAACGACAAGCUGGAGGAGUACAAGCGCAACCGGGAGCAGCGCGGCCAGCAGCGCGACCGCGACCACGACCGCGACCGCGACGCGGACCGCCGCGCCGCGCGCCGCGGCUCGAGCUCUGCGGACCGCGGCGGCGCGUCGGACGUCGAUGUCGACGCCGACGGCGAGAGCGACGUCGAGUGGGACGAGCGCGCGCCGGCAAAGCCCCGCGACGACGUGCCCGCGACGCUGCGCGACCUCGAGUCGGUGCGCGUCGGCCGCGGCUUCUUCUCCGAGGUCUGCUUCUACCCGGGCUUCGAAGACGCCGUCACGGGCACGUUUGGCCGCGUGGGCGUCGGCCAGGACGCCCAGCGCCGCACAAUGUACAAGAUGGCGCAGAUCAAGGGCAACACCGGCAAGCCGUACGUGUUUGAAGGCAAGAACGGCGCAAAGAUUGCGACGGACCAAUACGUGAUUGCGCAGCACGGCGCCACCAAGAAGGAGUACCAGUUCCAGUUCUUGUCCAACCAGCGCUUUGACGAGCGCGACCUCGACGUGUACACGCAGUCCCUCGCCGAGUCCGGCGCCAAACUCGCCACCAAGGCCGCCCUCGAGCGCAAGUACGACGACCUCCGGAGCCUGCACAACCACCACUGGACCGAGGCCGAGGUCAACGCGCGCAUCGCCAAGAAGAAGCAGUACGAGCACCUGCUGCACCGCAGCGCCGCCGACGCCCAGCCGCGCAUACAGACGCAGUCGGAAGUCGCCGCCAUCAAGACGGCAGAGCUCAACCGCGCCAACCGCAUCAAGGAGGCCGAGCGCGUGCGCAAGGUCCAGCUCGAGCAGCAGCGCCAGAAGAAGAUGGAGCAGAAGAAGGAAGCCGCACGCAAGCGCGUCGAAGAGGAGGCGCGCAAGGCCCUGGAAGACGCCCAGCUCAACACCGACACGGACGCCCUGUUCGCCGACGACGGCGCGAGCGCGCCGAGCUCGCGGGCGAGCACUCCCAAGCCCGGCGAGAAGAAGACGGGCGGGCGCAAGGGGCUGCCGACGUUUCGGAAGCCAAAGACGGACGAUGACUUUAUUGCCAACAUGGAUCUCGACAUUGACAUUGCCAUUUGA